CACUCACUUCAGUUGUUUGCCAGCGGUCGUGCGGAGCGUACGCGUAUUCUGUUCAUUCCAUAACUUUUCGUAACUUCGCCAUGACAUUACGCUGCGUUCUUGUGGUGCUGGCACUAGCCGGAGCCACGUUUGCCGGGCCCGAGGUCACCGAACUUAAGGUCGACGUAGUCAGCGUACCUGAAGGCUGCACUGUCAAAUCUAAACAUGGUGACAUGCUCACGAUGCACUACACCGGCACUCUCGACGAUGGCCACAAGUUCGACUCGAGCUACGACCGCGACCAGCCCUUCACUUUCCAGAUCGGAGUCGGCCAAGUCAUCAAGGGCUGGGACCAAGGUCUUCUCGACAUGUGCGUCGGUGAGAAACGUAAACUCACGAUUCCAUCAUCCCUCGGCUACGGAGAGCGUGGGGCCGGCAACGUGAUCCCUCCCCAUGCCACCCUCCACUUCGACGUGGAGCUGAUCAACAUCGGUGACUCCCCCCCGACCACCAACGUGUUCAAAGAAAUUGACUCCGACAAGGACAACAUGCUAUCCAGAGAGGAAGUGAGUGACUACCUUAAGAAGCAAAUGGUCCCCGCCGACGGCGCGGAGAUGAGCGAAGAUAUCAAACAGAUGCUGGAGAGUCACGACAAACUCGUCGAGGAGAUCUUCCAGCACGAGGACAAGGACAAGAACGGCUUCAUUAGCCACGAAGAGUUCUCAGGACCGAAACACGACGAGCUCUAAAUUUAUUAUAUUUAAUACAAACCGCUCCUAAGCACAAAAUAUUAAAAAUUAUUAGAGCGUGGACGUACUCGGCUCUUGCUCUAGGGCUCACAUUUUCUACCAAUUAACUAAUUAAUGUGUUAAAAUUAUAUUCUUUGAUUAAUCUUUUAGGUUUUUUUUGACUUAGAAAUACUCAAGUCAAUUAUUAACCGAGUUACCCAUAAGGGGUCCGCCAGUAGCUGAGUACGUUCAUGAUAACAUUCAAUGUGGAGACGGCCUUUAAGACUUACGAGUGAUCCUAGUGUUCUUAUCCUGAUACAAAGCAUACCAUAGUUACUCUCCUACUGUUAACAUCGAGCACAAUGUCUUGUCUGUUUGUGUUUUUCAAUGUCCCGUGACACUUCCUCACAUCGCUUCGUAGUAUCCGUUGUUGUGCACGAGUUACUUUUCUGUUGAGUUUAAUGUACUUAGUAUACUUAAGUUGUUGGCGGCGCGAUGAAUUUGUUGUAACAUUAAGAUAGGUACAAAAUAUGUAAUAAAUUUUUAUAUAAACAAAAACAUUUGGGCGAAUCUUAUUUUAUAUUAUUAUAUAAACUGUUUCCUUUAUAUUAUACUAAGAUGAUAUAUUUUAUACGUCGGUUUUUUAUGUCUUAUUUUGUAAUUACUUAUUUAUUCUUUUGUUUUGCGUCUGCAAAUGAUAUUGUGUGUCGCGUUUUUCUUCUCAAGAUUCUCAGUUUACUGGGCACUGGUGUUGUGGAUUUAUUUCUAUGAAGGAAGACGACGACUGGAAUAUAUUUUAUACACAUUAACUGUCUCAAUUUUAUUUUUAGUUCCAUAAGUCAAAAAUAAUGUUAAAUAUCAACUGAUUACGUUAUAAGUGUCUGCUAGGACACGAGCUGUGCAGUAGAAACCUGAGCAUAAUUAUUGCAAAUUGCAGGGAAUUUUUAGUUAACUGUUCGUCACUUGUUCAAAUAAAAUAUACUUACUAGGUAAA